CCACACGAGCCCUUCUCCAGCACAGCCCACCCCAGCAGCCUCACGUGGGCUGCCCUGGCCGCCCGGAGCCGCUUCCUGCCGGGCACAGGGACGCGGGCACGCAGCCAUGGCUGGCAGCGGGCAGCUGGAGCGCUGGCUCAAUGAGGCCACUGACCCGAGUGUCUCCGAGGAGAACUGGGAAUGCAUCCAGCGGUUCUGCGAGCAGGUGAACGCUGCCACGGAGGGCCCAUGGUUUGCGCUGAGGCUGCUGGCACACAAAAUCCAGUCCCCUCAGGAGGGGGAAGCCCUGCAUGCCCUCACAGUGCUGGAGACUUGUGUGAACAACUGCGGUGACAGAUUUCACAGUGAAAUGGCAAAAUUCAGGUUUCUGAAUGAGCUGAUUAAAGUGCUUUCCCCAAAGUACUAUGGAAUUUGGUCUUCAGAAAAAGUCAAGUCGAGGGUCACAGAAGUGAUAUUCAGUUGGACAGUCUGGUUUCCUCAGGAAGUCAAAAUCCAGGAUGCUUAUCAGAUGCUGAAGAAACAAGGGAUUGUAAAAGAAGAUCCCAAACUGCCAGAAGACAAAAUUUUACCUCCCCCUUCUCCAAGACCUCAGAAUUCUAUUUUUGACACAGAUGAAGAGAAGUCCAAGCCCGCGGACCUGCAGGCAGCCAACCGCCUGAUCCAGAGCGCCGUCAAGGAGGAACAAGAAAAGUCAGCUCAGGUGUCCCGCAGAGUGAACACCAUCCGUGAGGUUUCUGAGAACGUCAGGCGUAUGGAUGAGUUCCUGGAGAGCUACAGGAGAGGUGAAUUAUCCCCAGGUGACCAGGAGAGCCUGCAGGCUCUGUUCCAGCGCUGUGAGAGGCUCCGGCCGCUGCUCUUCCGCCUGGCCAGCGAGGCCGUGCCUGACGAGGAGGCUCUGGCUGAGGUCCUGCAGGCCAAUGACCAGCUCUCCUGGGCGCUGGGGCAGUACAGGCAGGCUGUGGCCAGCCAGGAGGAUGGGGAUGGAGCAGGUUCAGCUGCCAGCUCUGCCCGUGCACCAGCGUGCCGAGCAGCCCCGCGGCGCACGAGGAGCUACACCCUGAUCGACUUCUCCGAGCUGGAGGCCACGGCCCAGAGCCCCCCAGAGCCCUCUGCAGACACAGCCUCAGCCCCCCGGCACGGCAGCACCGCCUCCAGCUGCCUGCUCGAGGAGCAGCUGCACUCCUUAGGUCUCAGCAAUUCCCCUGUCACACAGGAACCACCCCCUGAUUUUGGCCUGGCAGAGCCUGCUGUACACAAUGGCUUUAGGGAAGGUGUAAGUGCUGUUCAAAGCCUGGCACCACAGCAGGGCUGGGAGGACAGCUGUGCAGGGAAGAGUGAGUUCCAGAGCCUGGAUGAACAGCUCUCUCCACCACCCAGGACCAAGACAUUCUCUUUGGAUUUAUCACCAAUGAAAUUGCCCUUUCCAGAUCUUCCAAAUAACUCAGUGGCAGAUCCUCCCCUCCUCAGUCCAGGCUAUGAUCUGAAGCCUGCUGCCUCUUUGCACCCAGCUUCCAAUGAUGCUUCUCUAGAAAACCUUUUUGUGCCUUUAACUUCAGUUACACCAAGCACCAUCUCUCCACUCACUGUGUAUGACAGGAAUGGUUUCAAGGUCAUGCUCCACUUCUCCAGAGACCCAGCUCCCGGCCGACCAGGUGUGCUGGUGAUGGUUCUGUCCAUGCUCAGCACCUCAGCACACCCCAUUAAGGACAUAGUGUUCCAGGCUGCAGUCCCAAAGACCAUGCAAAUUAAGCUACAACCAGCCUCUGGUUCUGAGCUGCCAGCCUUCAGCCCUCUCCUCCCACCUGCAGUGCUGUCCCAGGUGCUGCUGCUCUCCAACCCACACAAGGAUCCCAUCCGCCUGAGGUACAGACUGGUGUACACGCAGGGCCUGCAGCCCUUCUGUGAGGUGGGAGAGGUGACUGGCUUUCCAGAAGCAGAGCUCUGGGGCAGGAGCUGAAGUCCAGCUGGCGCAGACACUGCCGUGUGUCCGAAGGGGAGUGACUGGGGACGAGCCGUGCCCCGUGAGGGCACCGUUCUGGGGAUCCGCCAGCUCCUUCCUCCUUGUUGUGCCCGCAGGAGGAGUGUGGGCUGGCUGCUUGUGCCACAGCCUGUCGCUGCAGCUGAGUCUGCUUUAAGGAGCCUGCUGGAGCCUCCGUGCCUCUGCCACGCACACCUUCCUGCUGCUUCUGGGCCAUCUCCCCUUUACUUGUGAAUUAAAAAAACAAAGUGAAUCAC